AUGCUGACUUUUAUUUUGAAAUAUAUGAUUAGUUAGUAAGCGUCUGCUGUGGUGUCGGGCUUACAGGCCUUUCCUCAGCGCGCUGCAGAAGCGGCACUUUACGAACGACACGCCGGUGAAAGCGCAGCCCGGUUCACUCACAUCCAGAACCAAAUCCUCUCUGUCCAGAAGCUUCAGCGGAAAAGUGUCGCCAUCAGCUUCAAAUCAUCGGUUUUGUCCCAGCCAUGGCUGUGAACGUGUACUCGACUUCAGUGACAAGUGAAAACCUCAGCCGCCAUGACAUGCUCACAUGGAUAAACGAGUCCUUACAGAUGAGCCAUGCCAAGAUCGAGCAACUGUGCUCAGGUGCUGCUUACUGUCAGUUCAUGGACAUGCUGUUCCCAUCAUGCAUUCCAUUGAAGAAAGUCAAGUUCCAGGCCAAACUUGAGCACGAAUACAUCCAUAACUUCAAACUCCUUCAAGCCAGCUUCAAAAAGAUGGGAGUUAGCAAAAUUAUUCCUGUCGACAAGCUUGUGAAGGGCAAGUUCCAGGAUAACUUUGAGUUUGUGCAAUGGUUUAAGAAGUUCUUCGAUGCAAAUUAUGAUGGGAAAGAAUAUGAUCCGGCGGCAGCUCGACAGGGACAGGAUAUGCCCACCAGUCAGAGUCCAGCAGCAGCUACAGCCAGCAAACCAAAGAAACCCAGCUCAGACACAGGCAUCACACCUGCAGUCAAGCCAAUGGCCCCUGUUGCUCCACAGCGUUCAGCCACAGCACCUAAAUCUGCACCAAAAACAGCUCCAGCUGCAACGCGAGGCACAGGAACAGGCGGCGGUGAUGAAGAGAAGGGAGCACUCACUCAGAUGAUAAAUGACCUGAAGGCCACUAUUGCUGACAUGGAAAAGGAAAGGGAUUUCUACUUUGGCAAACUUAGAAACAUCGAGCUCAUCUGCCAAGAGAAAGAGGGUGAGGGUGAUCCUACACUGCAAAGGAUUGUGGAUAUCCUGUAUGCCACAGAUGAAGGUUUUGUAAUUCCAGAAGAUGAGGUGGGAGAACCAGAGGAGUUUUGACCAAUCCAGGGGUGACGGUUUAAAAAAAAAAAAAAAAAUGACCCUGCUGGACACACAAAUGUACAUACUGGCUGAUUCCUGCUGUUGUGCUGCACUUGCCUUUGGUCCAUCAUUUUGGACUUUGACUUUUGAAUGUCUUUUUAUUCAGGGACGUUCUAUACCUUGAAUUUUCAGCUUUUUUAUUGACCAUCAAAAACAAAAUUAUUUUUGUGAAUGAAAAAUAAAGUACUUAUCAAAGGCUGUUUGUAUAAAGCAGUCCACUGA